AUUGUGACACGUCAACGUCACACCCAUCAUGGAGAAAGCAUGGAGCAGGAAGGAGAAGGCACGUGUUCAGAAACAUCUCCAAACUCUGUGCAAGAACGGACCCGUGGACGACUUGACGGCACUCCUCUCGUCCCUCUCGGAAGACAAAGUCACCACCUUGCUUCAAGCUCCAUCCGGUGGCAGCGACCACCUCUCUUGCCUGCACCUCGCUGCUGCGGCGAAUCAACCGUCCGUAGUUGAAUAUCUCCUCACCAAGCAUGCGUUCCUCUUUCCCGACGUUCGCAAGGAUUAUGCGCGCACUCCAUUGCACGAAGCAUCUCUCCAUGGCCACGCCGCUGUCGUUGCGGUUCUGCUGCGACAUGACGCACUCGUAGGCGCACACACCACUCGAGGCCGGACGCCCUUGAUGUAUGCCGCUCGUGGAGGCCACACCUGUGUCAUGAAUCUGUUGUUGAACGCCGGAGCCCACGUGAAUGACCAGAGCGAGACAGGUCUCACCGCCCUCUACGAAGCCGCCAAGCAUGGCCGGGUGGGUGCUAUUGACAUUCUCCUGGCACAUCCUCACGUGGAUAUCAACUUGGGGAGCCACACCAAGCACACGCCAUUGCACAUCGCCAUCGGGGAAGGUCACUUGGAUGCGGCGGAACGAUUGAUCCAGGGCGGCGCCGACACGACCGUGCAGGAUGGGAUGGGCGUAACGUUGUGGCACGAAGCCGCGGGCGUGGAGGGGGUGGCGGCAAUGGACCUGCUGGUGCGCUAUCACAUCUCCCUGCACGACGACCACGUGGACGUCGUCCUGGCGAGGCAUCCGUUCCAUUACGCUGCCGUGGAAGGCCACGCGGCGUUUUGCGCGGCGUUGCUGGCCGCCAACAUGGUCGACGUGAACCUCCAAGACGUGGAUGGGUGCACGGGUCUGUACUACGCAAGUGCGAAUGGCCAUGCGAAUGUGCUGAAAGUGCUGCUUGAAGCCAACGCGGAUGUAAACUUGGCGUCCGUCCGCCGCACACCUCUCCAUUGCGCGGUGAUGUGGGAGCGUUCGGAGUGUGUCCGGCUUCUCUUGGCGCAUGGAGCGUCGACGACCGCCUUGGACAAGGACAACAGGACUGCUGAAGAUAUGGCACAAGCAUUCCCCGAAGUAGCCGCGCUGUUUAGGCCAACACAACCAUGAAAAGGACUUAAGUUAUAAAUAUUAAGUGAGUUUUUAAAAGUACAAUGGACCGUCGUACUGGACCGCGUCCAUGUCGACGUCAGUGUCGUCGCCGCUCGAAGCGGUGCGUAAAAUGGAUGGCGAGGCGCCGGAAUACGAUUGGACCCGGGAUUGCCACCGGGCAACUUCGGUCUCCAAGUCGUGGAAGAGGUCGAGCCGCCACGCCAAAUCCUUGAGCUCGAGGAAGUUCAACACACGCUGGCCGUUCCAGAAGUGCGCGCUGUCGAUCUUCUUGGUCUUGACCCCGUUGACAGAUUCGCGCGCGACUUUCUGCAUCCGUUGGACGUCGACGAGGACCUCGCGGUGUGCAAUCCCGUGCUUCGCCAGGAAUCGCAUGAGCACCAGCAGUUCGUUCUCGGAAGGACGGUAGUGGCCGCUGUGAGGAUAAAUAAUGCGGAGCGUGCCUUUGGAGACGACCAUCAUCCCUGCGGUUUGAACGCAUUCGCCUCCAACCAAGCUCGUGUGGUGGAUGCGCGGGACUUGGGUCGUGACCUUUUCGCUGCCGUACAAGAUGCCGUCGCGCAACACGAAUAUCCACCCUUCAUCACCAGUGUCGACAAUUUCCUGUGAUGACUUUCGAAUUACCAUGCCAUGUCGAAUGUCGAGCUCGAAGCGCUGACGUUCGGCAGGGUCGCAGUAGAGGACGGUUUCGCUCUCGAGCUUCGUGCGCGGUACACCUUCCACUUCAAUCGAUUCGUCGUCGAGCCAUUCCCAGAAUCCAGGCUUGGGACCGUCGUAUCGCUUCCAUUCCUUGUAGUACGCGCGCAAGUUGGCGCCGUACCUGUGCUUUUGAUCGCAGACUUCAAGCCAACUGCGCUUGUCGACGACCGAGAUGUUUCCUGCGCUGAAUCCACGCACUAGGACGGACGAGUACUUCUUCGCUUGCUUUGCUAUCUCAUGCGGACAGUGUCGUCCCCGUCGUCGUGCUGUCAUGAGGAUCUGUGGCAUGUAGAAUCGGACUUCGGCGGCGGGUGCGAGUGUUUAAC